UUUUCAUUUGUAUUUGGAAGAGUCCCCCCAUUUCAGAGGGGGCUUCUUUAUCCAGUUAUGAAACUUUCCACUGUGCUAGUUCUCUGCUGCAGUUUUUUCUCUAGCACAGCCAAGCCUCUCUCAACCCAGGAUGCAGACUGUGAUGACCCUGAUGUCUUUGAAGCUGUGGACAUAGCACUGAGAAAAUAUAAUGGAGACAAAACAGAUGGCAACCAGUUUGCUCUGUACAUGGUGAUGGAAGCCAAGAGAAUAGCAGGCCCUGGCAAACAGUUCGUUGUGAUGUACCGAAUAAGAGAGAGCUCUUGUGCUGUUGGGGGAGAUAAACUCUGGCAAGAUUGUGAUUACAGAGCAUCUGCAGAAGCUGAAUCAGGCGAAUGUAAAGCUCAAGUUUAUGUUGACAAGACUGAGAAAAUCAGUGUUACACAGGACUGCAGAAUUAUCCCAGCUGAAGGAAAGGUGAAUCUUUCCCAUGUCCCGUGUCUUGGAUGCUAUCAUCCCAUACCGGGGGACAGCCUACAAUUGUUACCCAUUUUGAGAUAUGCUAUUCGGAUCUUUAAUGAUCAGAGUGACCAAUCCUCCCUUUUUGAAGUUGGUGAAAUAAUAAAAGCCUCCAGGCAGGUGGUGGCUGGAUGGAAUUAUGCAGUUGAAUAUGAAGUCAAGGAGACUAGUUGCACCAAGAAUAAUUUUCAGGAUUUAAGUCCUGAGUGCAAACCCAUUGUUGGAGGCCAUGUAGGUACCUGUGAAGCCAAGGCCUAUGUGGAUCUUAGUAACACAAUUGUGGAUGUUGCACAGAAAUGCAAGUUUCCAGUUGAUGAAACUGCACCUCCUCGCAUUUCCAUUUGUGCUGGCUGUCCAAAGCCCAUCCCAACUGACAGUACAGAAUUGGAGGAACCACUGAGAGCUUCCCUGGAGAAGUAUAACGAAGAGAGCAAUGAUGACUUCUAUUAUAAAGCUGAAGCAAUAUCACAUGCCACCGUUCAGGUGGUUGCUGGACUAAAUUAUAAUAUAACAUUUAGAAUUAGGAAGACGAACUGCUCAAAGACAGAUGUCAAGAAACUGAAUGAAGAUUGUGCGGCAACAAUAGACGGUAGACCUUUGCUAUGCACAGCACAAGUUUAUGUGAUACCCUGGACAAAGACAAUACGCCCUAAGGUUAGCUGCAUCAAAGAGGAGACUCUAUUAAUAAGAAGGCCUCCAGGCUUUACUCCUUUCCGAUCUCUAGCUGUGAAACCUGAAACCGCUCAACAUACACCCCAAAUUAAAAAUGAAAAGGGACCUAGAGAAGAACAAGCGUCUAUCAUAGGGCCAAGAAAAGAUGUUACGCAUAAACCAGCACAUGAACAGGGGCACAGACAUGAUAUUGGGUGUGGAACAGAACAUGAACAUAGACGUGGACAUGGACAUGGACAUGAACAUGAACAUGGGCGCAGACAUGAUACUGGGCGUGAACCAGAACAUGAGCAUAGACGUGGACAUGGACACGAGGAUGAACACAGGCGCAGACAUGAUACUGGGCAUGAACCAGAACAUGAGCAUAGACGUGGACAUGGACACGAGGAUGAACACGGGCGCAGACAUGAUACUGGGCGUGAACCAGAACAAGAGCAUAGACGUGGACAUGGACAUGAGGAUGAACAUGGGCGCAGACAUGAUACUGGGCGUGAACCAGAACAUGAACAUAGACGUGGACAUGGACAUGAGGAUGAACACAGGCGCAGACAUGAUAUUGGGUGUAGACGAGAACAUGAACAUGAGGAUAAACAUGGACGUGGGCACGGGCAUGGAAAUCAUAAGGAUAAACAAAAGAAGAUAAAGGAUAAACAUAAACAUUCCAAAGAUGAGUCUUCUGAAGAAUCCCAUGAGAAGGUCACUAACCAAAAGGAGACAUUGCUAGCUGCAGUAGCUGAAAUACCAGAAGGUACACAAUCUCCUAAGCCUGAUCUGGUAGAGCUAGAUGUGCUAUCUAGUACUCAGCAGUCCACAAUAGAUCUAACAGAUGAUUUUAUUGAGAUCCCUGAUCUCCCUACAGAAAUCCUUGAUCUCCCUGCAGAAACAGACAGCCCUGGAAUUAUUCCUGAUAUUCCUUUAUUUGAUGGGUUGCCAGAUCUCCCAGAAUCAUUUGUCCCAAAGUGUCCUGGAAAGCCAUGGAAACCAAUCCUAGACCUCUCAACUACUACUAACAAACCUAAAGUACUGACAAAAGAGGAUCUUUUACCACAUCAAUCUGAACGCACCACCUCAACACCAGAAAAAUAAGCACCUACCCCCAUGGUGCUCAGAUUUUGAUCUCAUGGAUUUUCUACUGUAAUUCAAACAAUUUAUGGUCCAUUUUUUUAGGCAACAAACAGAAAAUCAUAAAAAUUAUUUUUUUUUAAAUGUAUAGUACUAUAGAGCAGUGGUUCUCAUCUUGUUAGCUAUGAUACUUAAAAGGGUCACCAGCAGUUUUCUGGAGGAAUUGAGAGCAUGAGCCAAUUCUCUGUGCCUGACUCUUUCCUCACACAGGUGUAGAUCAGGAGUAACUCCAUUAAAAUCAAUGAGUUAGG